CGACCACCAACACCCAUUCUUACUGCAACUCUUGGGUCUGGAAGCUCCAUUCUGUAAGAAUCCCCGGCUCAGACAGAGAGAGAGAGAGGGAGAAGCUCUAAAGCGGAGGAAGAAGAUGGCCGGCCUUUGUUUCUGCACUGCCCUUUCUUCUCGGAGGACAACAUGGUUGGUUCUUGAAACCAACCUUGCAGGGAAUAUGCUUUACAAACCACUCCAUAAGAGAAGCAUGGUACUUAGAGCUGAAGUGAAUUACGUGAAUGCUGAGGAGGCAAAGAAACUCAUUGCUGUUGAUGGGUAUGCAGUCUUGGAUGUCCGAGACAAAUCUCAGUAUGAUCGUGCACAUAUAAAGUCUUGUUAUCAUGUGCCCCUAUUUAUUGAAAACAAGGACAAUGACCUUGGUACAAUUGUAAAGCGAACAGUGCACAACAACUUUGCAGGGCUGUUCUUUGGGUUGCUAUUCACUAAACUUAAUCCCAAUUUUGUGCAAUCCAUUAAAAGCCAGUUCUCAACUGACAGUAAAUUGUUACUUGUUUGUCAAGAAGGGCUAAGGUCUGCUGCAGCUGCUAAUAAGCUAGAGGAAGCUGGCUUCCAAAACUUGUCAUGUAUGACAUCAGGUCUUCAGUCAGUGAAACCAGGCACAUUUGAUUCUGUUGGCUCCACUGAGUUACAAAAUGCGGGCAAAGCUGGUUUAGUGACAGUUCAAGGGAAGAUUUCAGCAGUCCUUGGGACCGUACUAAUCUGCGCAUACCUUUUCAUCACCUUCUUCCCUGAACAAGCAGAGAAGCUACUUCAAAUGGCCCCUGGUAGUUAACUCUUGAAGGAAUGACAAAAUUUCAGUAUUCUGUCCGGUGGUUGGAAGAAACGGUGAUCGUUAGCUGUUCACAAUCAAUAAGUCCAACAGAAUGAAA